AUGUCGGUCAAGAUUGGCCAGAUGAUGAAGUACCUGAUCAGUCAACGCGUCUUCGGGUCUACCGACGCAGAGUACGACAACAAUUUGAAAAUCUUGUGUGCGGGUCUUAAGACCAUCAUGGGAACGCAGACCAUUGCCCGCGCUAUUAUAGUCAAUGACCCUGACCUUGCCGACCACUCGCCUACAUGGUGGGCUGUCUUCCAUACCAACGGACCUCUUGAAACCUCAGUUAAGGUCAACAUCUCCAUGAUCGUGGGCGCGCAUGCUCUGGUCAUCGACGAACUCAAGAACCUGUCAGAUGACUGGCAUACAAUCAACCUCAUUUACGGCGAUCCUUUGACCAACGCCAUCAAGCUGGGCGACAUUACCAUGCUCAAUACCAUCAUCAACCACCUCACAACCAUGAAACUGGUACCAAAGCGUCAACGAGGCCAUCUUGUUCCCAGUCAGGCGAGGUCCGCGUUUCCUUUGGAGGAUUCGGUCAGCACAGCCAUCAUGUACAACCGGCCUGAUAUGGCUGGAGCUCUUGUCCAGAUCUACCAGGUUCAAUUUGGCAAUCCAGUACCCUCAAUAUUCGAAUCGUGGCUGUGUCGGUCUUUGAUUGUGGGUAACUCGGCCCUCGUCAAGACACUGUAUAGGUCGCACGGCCAACGUCGGCUCAAGCUCAGCUCCUUAUCCGUGGCCGAAUUUCUGAAGACAGGCGACUACAACAUGGUGCUUGAAGUUUUCAGUCCGCUCACCCAACCCCUACAAGAUAGAUUCGCGAAGAAGGACCCAUUGUAUAUCACCCUCCGCCACCGUAACAUCGAUGCAGCCCGUGCCUUGCUCGCCACUGGCAAAGUUGAUAUCAACCGCGAGGUUCUCCACAACCACUCUGGGCAGUUUGGCAACGCUGCGCUCGGCUCCAGUCGCUACGCUAGCGUCAUGAUCGCUCCGCUGGACGUCGCUUGCCGCAUGGACGACUACGCCAUGCUGGAGUUCUUGCUCACUGCAGGCGCUAACUAUCGCCGUCGGUUUGCUAUACAGUUGAAUGGUCGCUGCUACUACACUAUUCGCAAGUGGGCUGCGCUUCCUCAGAAUGGCGGCCACACUCAUAUGCCUGAGUAUGGCCACUACUACUCUAUGUCGUAUGAGGAACAGCUCGCUUACGUCUUCGGUUGA